AUACCGAUGUAUCCCACACCAGGAAAUACACACACAUUGACAACAUGGAAGAAAACAGAAAUCCUCUUCUCCGGAUACCCCAGACUACUGAAGUGCAUCCAGCUGGAUCAUGGCUGUGCAGAAUGAUAAUGUGUGCUCUGCCAGUGGCUCAGAUCACCAUAGGUUCAAUCUACUUGAAUUCCUGCCCUGUCCAGCAUUAUAUCCCCAUCUACUUGAUUGUGUCAGGAGUGUUUUCUCUUGUAAUGGACUUCCUGUCUUUCUUCCACCUUGGCAAGGAAGCAGAGGAAGUUGGGUCCAAUGCAAGGGGAGGGUCAACCAUGGGCAAUGGGCUGCUGUCUCUGUUCAUGUUCUGCUGGUUCAUUACAGGUAACGUUUGGAUUUACUCCAUCUACCAGCCGAACUAUGAUGAACAAAGUGGUGAUCCUUACUGCAAUAAGACGCUCUACUUGUUUGCCUUUUGGAGUACAACAGUGGUCUACAUUGGACUUGGUAUACUCCUGCUGGUGGGCUGUUGCUUUCUGCUAUGUGCAUGUAUUAUAGGGGCUAAUCAACCCAACUCAGAUGAUGUAGAAGGGGGUCAGAACUGACACCAUUCUUUCACUUUGUUUUAUAUAUUAUGCCAUUCUUUUUCUUGUUAAUUUUGUAAAAUAUACAAUCUUAAAAAUGGUGGUCACUACCAAAUAGUGGUCACACUGGUGUUGUUAAAAAGAAAAAAAGAACGAGGCAAGAGGUGACUGAUGCUUAGCUACAGGGAGGGUGUACUUUUUCUCCAUUUAAAUGACUUCCUCCACCUUUUUGUUUUAGUACGAUGACCAAGCCUUAUGGCCUUAGAAUAUCAUAGGCUGCUUCUGUGUUACACUUUAAAAAAAAAGUGGUCUAGAAAAAAAAAAAUCAAGGUUUUUAUCCUGCUAAUUUCAUACAUUUUUACUCAGUUACAUUCUAAAGCUAGGCCAUAAUCUUCAUUAAGGCUGAGGAGCUUUGGUGUAAAUUAGAAAGUGAAAACACUUGUCCAGUAUAACUUACUUUGGUGGCAUUCAGAUAACUCCAACUGAGAAGAUAGUAAUGUCCUACAAGUCUCCUCUUAAACGAUACAUGCAAGUAUACUAAAUGGGAUGCCACUCAUGUCACCUCUGGGUUUAUCAUGGAAACUUAAUUUUUGCUGAGAUGUGCGUGUUGUUUUCAGGGACUUUGAAGAGAACAGCACAUGGUAUAGAUAAAGGCUGAAUGAAUUCAAUGUGAUUGUGUGCUUUUUAUGUCUGCUUUUUACUCUUUAACAUGCCAGGUGGACUUUGAAUGAUGAGGUAAUUCACUGGAGCCACAUAGCAUGCUGGAUAGUCACCGUUACUUUCGGGAAAUGUUUGGAAAUUACAGAAAUAUUCAUAAAAGUUUCAAUCCCUUGAUAUUAAUAAAAAGCAGAUGUUUUCCAGGA